AUGACUGAUUCGAAUCAACAACGAGCGGUCACUGCUGCCUUUGCGCCGCCGCCGCCCUUGUGGAAGCAUUUCACACGUGAGAACCUCGACAAGUUGGAUCAGAUUAAGGCCGAAGCUGUCAAGGACAGAGAAGGGCUAUCAGAAAAGGACAAGAAGUGGUUACCGGCCGAACUACGCAAGUUAGAUCUGCCGCCGGAGUUACGUUUUAUGGUGCCGCCGGAGAUACCCACGGGAGAGUACUCGGUCUUUGGUGAAUUACAAACGUUAUCGACCACGCUACCAUCUCUGAAAGAACAAGGGAUCGACCAGCUCUACCCAGAGCCCACAGACACCGCUCAAGCUCCUUCUACGUCCCCCCAAGGUAUCAACCACGCCUACUACCUGCUCAAAAUCAGCAAGUCUCUUCUUCUGAACUUUCUCGAGUUCGUCGGCAUCCUUUCGAUAUCGCCCGAACAAUUUGAGUCUAAGGUACAAGACUUGCGCAACUUGUUCAUCAAUGCCCAUCACCUUUUAAAUCUGUAUCGACCUCACCAGGCUCGCGAAUCCCUUAUAGUGAUGAUGGAAGAGCAACUAGAGCGCACCAAGAAUGAAAUUCAACAGAUGGACAAAGUCAAGGUGGAUAUCGAGGAUCUCCUAUCACGACUAGAGACCGAGGGCCGCCAGAUGAACUCCACCAAGCUGCCUGAGAUGUCGGGCCAACUUAAGGAAGUUGAAGAGCGUGUGAAUGAUUCGCAAUUGAUCUGGAAUCUUCUGGACAAGGAGGAGCUAUUGUCGCAUAGCUGA